UGCAGCACCCAAACCCGAUAACUCAAAAUUCUCCUUCAGCAUUUGGCCCUCCUCGCAGCGGAUCCGCGACGCCGUGAUCGUCCGCCUCUCCGAAACCCUAUCAUCCUCCGACUCCAACCACUACCAACCCGUCCCCGCCGACGAGGCCUCCUCCGCCGCCCGCGUCAUCGAAGACCGGGCAUUCUCUGCCGCCGACGUGCAUAAUGUCCUCAACCACCAUUUACUCAACCCCACCGCCACCACCACUGCCCACCGGUAACACCAACACUCACCAAUUUCCAACAUUAGACAGACUCGUCUUCCUUAUCGACAAGUCCAAAUCCAUCAACCACCUUCUCCAACUCCACGCCGCACUCCUCCGCCACGGCCUUCACCACCACUCCAUCUUGAAUUUCAAGCUCCAGCGCUCUUACUACACUCUCGGUCGCCUCGACUAUUCUGUUUCCCUCUUCGAACGUACCCACAACCCCAAUGUCUUUUUCUGGACCUCCAUUAUUAACGGUCACGUACAACGCGCUCUGCACGACCAAGCACUAUUCUAUUACGCACAAAUGCUGGUUCAUGGUGUCGAACCCAAUUGCUUCACCUUCUCUUCGCUCUUAAAAUCCUGCCCGCUUGAACCCGGAAAAGCCCUUCAUUCCCAAGCGAUCAAACUUGGGUUCGUGUCGGAUUUAUUCGUUAGGACUGGUCUCGUUGACGUUUAUGCGAGAGGGGGUGAUGUCAUGUCUGCGCAACAACUGUUUGAUACUAUGCCUGAGAAGAGUUUGGUUUCUUUGACGGCAAUGAUUACUUGUUAUGCAAAAUAUGGGGAGCUUGGCAAGGCCCGUGUGUUGUUCGAAGAAAUGAAGGAGAGGGAUGUAAUUUGUUGGAAUGUGAUGAUUGAUGGGUAUGCUCAGAAUGGGAUGCCAAAUGAGGCUUUUAUAUUGUUUAGAAAAAUGUUGAGGGCAAGAGUUAAGCCUAAUGAAGUGACGGUGUUGUCUGUACUUUCUGCUUGUGGGCAGCUUGGGGUUUUGGAGUCUGGUAGAUGGCUUCAUUCUUACAUUGAGAAUAAUAGGAUUGAGAUCAAUGUUCAUGUUGGUACUGCAUUGGUUGAUAUGUAUAGCAAAUGUGGUAGUUUGGAGGAGGCACGAUUGGUUUUUGAUAGGAUCAAAGACAAGGAUGUCGUUGCUUGGAAUUCAAUGAUUACAGGGUAUGCAAUUCAUGGAUUUAGCCAAAAUGCCUUGCAAUUGUUUAAUGAAAUGUGCAUGAUUGGUCACCAUCCUACUCAUGUAACCUUCAUUGCCAUUUUGAGUGCUUGUGGUCAUGCGGGUUUAGUCAGCGAGGGAUGGAGUUUUUUCCAUUCAAUGAAAGAUCAAUAUGGGAUUGAACCAAGGAUUGAGCAUUAUGGGUGUAUGGUAAAUCUUCUUGGCCGUGCUGGGCAUUUAGAAGAAGCAUAUGCGCUUGUCAAAAACAUGAACGCAGAGCCAGAUCCUGUCUUAUGGGGAACUUUGCUUGCAGCCUGUAGGCUCCAUGAUAACAUUGCUUUGGGAGAGGAAAUUGCAGAGUUUCUGGUUGGCAAGAACCUUGCAAAUUCAGGAACGUAUAUUCUUUUAUCAAACAUAUAUGCAGCCGCUGGCAACUGGGAUGGGGUGGCAAGGGUGAGGACCUUGAUGAAAGACAGUGGAGUGCAGAAGGAACCUGGCUGUAGCUCAAUUGAAGUGAAUAAUAAGGUACACGAGUUUGUUGCUGGAGAUAAGAAACACCCAAACAGCAAAGAAAUUUACAUGAUGCUAGAGGAGAUAAAUGGUUGGCUCAAGGCACACGGCUACACCCCACAGACAGAAAUUGUGUUACAUGACAUAGGGGAGAGACAAAAGGAGCAAUCCCUUGAAGUUCACAGUGAGAAGCUAGCUAUGGCUUUUGGGCUCAUCAGUACUCAACCUGGAACUACUAUAAAGAUUGUGAAGAACCUCCGUGUAUGUCUGGACUGUCAUGCUGUGACCAAGUUGAUUUCAAAGAUAACUGGACGUAAGAUUGUGAUGAGGGACCGUAAUCGAUUUCACCACUUCGUGAACGGUUCUUGUUCUUGUGGGGAUUACUGGUGAAUUGCAAUAUCGUUAACUAUUCAUGUUCUUGUAGGAAGUACUAAUGAACUGUAAUAUAUCACUCUUUUACUAUA